AUGUUCCUCCGCAAAGUGGAAGGGAAUUGGGGGGUCGCCAGAAGGCGACAGGCUGGGGUUAGGCAAUCCACACCCUUCGCACCCUUCCAGGAGCGCCCCAAGAGGGAGAGGCAAAGGCACAUUCCAGGUUGCCCUUGUUAUGGUCCUGGCGUGGCUACAACUUCACAACAUUUAGAAAAUUAUCUGACCGCCAUUCAUCUCUAUUAUGUUAUGGCGUCCUCCAAAUCGGAGAUAAUUAGCUUUCAUCCUAUCGGCAGCCGACUAGAAGAAUAUCGCGAUUUGUACAAUUGUUUUAGCGCUGAGCAUUCAGAUGACGGUGCUGACAAAAUAGAGAAGCGACUGCUUCAAUUAUUGGCGGUUCUACAAACCCAUCCUGUUUGUUUUGAGCUUCCUUCUGGCAGAGGACAUGGAACUCUUUUUGACGAUCUAUUGGCGCUUCUUUCAGAAGUUCGCUCGAGCCUAUUUGAAAUUAAUCGUCUACGUCCACUUCUGAAAGCGAUCCACGACGAACAACCCGAUGAAACAAUCUGGAACAAAGUCUACGAUGCUGUUACGGAGACUACUCCCCCUCCUCGCUUGCCCUUACCUCUCCUCCAAACUCCCUUGCUACGGAAUACGAGUAGCUUUGUCAACUCGACCGAGUACAGGAAACACGUCGACGCGGUGUUGAAGGAGGAGCUCGGUGCUAUGAUGUAUGCGGAUAUACCGGGUUUCUACGAGAAAUAUUUUGGAACCAUCGAGUGGCUAGAGCCUGCAGCCCAGGCGGUUUUCGCAAAAUGCAAGGAAGGUGAAGAUCCUUUUUACAGCGAGGAGACUGGCUGGAGAGGGUGGCCCGAAGGCGCCAAGGAACUAGAUGUGUUGCAAUGGCUGUCAGCCCUUAUCGACAACUUCAUACGCUUCUUCGAGGAAUAUGCACGCGACCAAAAGAUUCAAAGAAAGCUACUCGCGCAGCCGUACCAACCCCUCGAAGGUUCCACCGCAGACCGCAAGCUGGACAUAGGUUUUGUGAACGACUCCAACGCCAGCGAGGAUGCCAGUUGCCACUGGUCACAGAUCCUGGUGCCGGGAGAGCUGAAGAACGACACCUCGUACGAUGUCCCGUCAAAGGCAUGGCUUGACCUGGGGAGGUACGUCAGGGAGGUAAUGACGGCCCAGGACUCCCGCAGUUCCGUGUUGGGUUUCACCCUCUGCAGAUCAAAGAUGAGGCUCUGGAAUUUUGACCGUCUGGGCGGGAUAGCGUCCAAGUCGUUUGAUAUCAAUAAGGAGGGCUUUCAGUUUGUAUCGGUGAUACUUGGGUACCUCAGCAUGAGCAGAGAGCAGCUUGGAUUCGACCCGACGAUCAUCGACUCCGCCGACGGUUCGCGUUACAUCGAGAUAGAGAGAGACGGCCAGAUAGAAAGACUUAUCUUUGACGAGGUGGUGAAGCGGGCUCCUUGUGUCGCCGGGCGGGCGACGACCUGCUGGAAGGCACAUCUAGAUGGAGAUGAGUCCAGGAUGCCUCUCGUCAUCAAAGAUUCGUGGCAGUACCCUGAGCGUGAGGAGGAGGGAGCGUUGCUGCGGGAGGUAACGGAGAAGGGAGUGAACAAUGUGGCGAGGUACUACCACCACGAGACGGUUUGCGUGAGGGAAAAUGACGACGAUAUCUGCAACGCCGUUCGGAAAGGCCUAGAUGUCACGAAGGCAGGGAACUACAGAGCCAGUGGCUCCAGGCCAGCGUUGAGCAGAAAGGGCUCUCGCGCAGGGAGGAAGGACGGAGGGAGCAGCGUCACCUGUCGGAAACGUUCCUCCGCUUCGAUCGAUUCGCCGCUGCCGCCGAGCAAACGGCAGUCGAUUUCUCCAACGAAAGCUGGUACCCACGAACCGAUGCCUAACCGGAUUCAUCGCCGUGUCGUCGUUCGGGACUAUGGAAAGCCAAUAUAUAAGGCAAGUUCGAGAGUCUCUCUGCUUGCCGCCCUGGAGGGAUGCAUCGAGGGGUACGAGGAACUAUAUAAACGACCGGCUUGCUUCAAGGAGAUAUCUCUCCAAUAA